UUCCCGGUCAUGUUUGGAAAAUCAAGAACUCGUUUCGCGUGAAGCUGACCUCUAGCUCUGUGAUCGCUGUAUGGGAUGGAUCUGUUCAUAAUGAUGCUGUCGGAGGCGAUGAUCUACAUGUGACUGUAUUCUGGUGCAAGGGUGUACGCCCCGACAACUUGUGUCAGAAUGACAUUUUGUGGAAGAGGACUCGAUUGUCUGAAAGUGUCCUGAAGAUUGAAAAAGCACUUGAUAACCCUAGAGGGUACCUGUAUGGAAUUUCUAUCGAAAGUACACCUGCAAGUGGUAUUUUUUGGACAAGUUGCAUCUAUGUCAGCGAAACAGAACAUCCGGGUAUUCCCGUUCCAAAGGACGUCGUUGUGCAGUCGAGUGGCCCUGGCAGUCUUUUACUCACUUGGCCCAUGCAGACCUGUACCUAUGAGACAAAGGCCAUUGUCACUGGAUACGUCGCUAAAUAUUGCAAGGAACAUGAGUGCAAUGAUACAUCUAAAAUCCAAAAAGUAGAUGUGCCGGCAAAUGUGUCACAUUGCACGCUAUCAGGUCUGACCACAAAGCAGACUUACCUCUUGACUGUGCAAAGCAAAUCGCACAGAAGAUUUGGGGUUGAGGCACAUCCCUGGAAAUCAGCGAUUGUGAGGGAAGGAAAUGAGGAGGCUUCAAACGUUCCACUUAUAAUUGUUAUAACUGCAGCUGUCUUUCUGGUGUUAAGGAUAACCCAAAGAGGACCCCAGCCUCCUCUUUUCAGGGGAACGUUAUUCCUAGCUCUGAAUGUGCUUGUGAUGUUCCACCAGAGGUCCCUCAGCGUACUGUUGUAAGCAAUAGCGAGCCUUCUGUCUUGUUUGAGGUACAAGAUGAAAGUGUGCAAGACCAGGCAGAUGUGACCAGUGGCCCUGACAGCAGUUGGUGGGACAAUAGCGGGGCACCUCUCAUCAAGGAGCCCGUGAAAGGUGACAAACAGAAAGGAAAGAAGAACUGUAAAGCUGCAAAAACUAUUCCAAUUGAUGUUGUUGAAAUGACUGAUUCACCCGCUGGGGGCUCGACAGUGGUCAGUCCAUCUCACAGUUGUCACUCCAAUGUCGAGCUUUUGCCGGCUGAAUCUACAGCUCCUACGGGGUUUACUGUGCAGGAGAAUGCUUGUCCUGUUCACAGUGUGUCUAAGUUAUCAGAUGCCACUGUGAUAACUCCCAGUACAGUACUCGUUACCCAUGUGCCCAGUCAAGGUUAUAUAACAGGAUCAAACCAGCAAAGUCUGCACUGUAGCAGCAGCAGCAGCAGUGGGUCAAGCAGGCAGAAUGUUAACGAAUAUGUUGUUUCUGAACAGAGUGCCAGGCCAAAAGAUAGACCAGAGGAUUCUGACGUCAUUGAAGCGAUCAACUUCUCGCCUGAUUAUGUCACUGCAGAUUCACCAUCAGUUUUGGCUGACUCUGAUCUUGCUGUUGUACCGGAGGUGAAAGUAGGGAGAAAAUUAACGGAGCCACAUGACAUGGGAAUGACUUCUCCCAGUACAGGUGUUUACACAAAUAAGCUGCCCUUGACAGACGUCGACUUCCCAGAAGAAAGGGAGACGCAGCUCACACAGGGCAACAAUGACCAGCUCGGUGAGAUAAGCUAUUCACCACAUCCUGUUCAAGCUGUGGCACUGUGUGAGGUCGGUCUCCCGAUGUAUGUCCAGUCAGGUGGAGGGGGAACAGCGCACACAGCAUCUGGUGUCAAUGGCGAAGAAGAAUCUCUGCAGAGGCACGAUGUGGGUUGUCUGUCUUUGCUUGACACAGGUGGCGUGAAUCAGGAUCGUCUCUGCGAUUCUGCUAGUGAUUCUGAACUUGGUUCUUUUGAUGUUCCGCAUUCCGAUGAUGAGGGACACAAUGGUGAAGAGAGUUCUGAUGAAGACAGGCAUUAUUAUGAUAACCGAGACAAUGAUGAUGGCUACACAGUUCACAUCGAUUGAAAUGAUUACAUUGUCAUCUUUUGUUGUUGUUUCUCAACAUGAUAAGUAUAGAUUCCUUACUUCUUGGGCUGAAAAAGAGUGUAUUUUUUUUGUUUUUUGUUUUUGUUUUUGUUUUUUGGUUGUUGUUGUUUUUUGGUGUUUUUUUUUUUUUUUUUGGGGGGGGGGGUUACCCUACCCUAUUCUAUCAUCUGGUGCUUUUGUGUUUAGUAGUACCAACAAAAUGUGCAUCAUUUUGGAUUUUGAAAUUAGCUGAUAGUCUUAGAGUAAACACACAGGGGAAUGUUUUACAUAUAAAUAAAUAAAUAAAUAAAUAAAUAAAUAAAUAAAUAGAUAAAUAGAUAAAUAAAUGAAUGAAUAAAUAAGCAAAUAAAUAAAUAAAUAAAUAAAUAAAUAAAUAAAUAAAUAUGUUGCUUCACUCUAAUAACGUUUAUUGGUAAGUUACACACCUAAGUGUCGCCAUAGCCCCAACUGGAGAUGGUUACAACAACUGGUAGUAGUUAAGUGUUUAUAUCAUAAUAGUCCUACAUACCUCUGCUCUUUCGGGUCACGAGGUGUGCACCCUCCGUCCCCGCUCCCAAGUGGAGUCAUCUUAACAGUGUCACAGCACGAUCCGAAAGUUUGCACGAAGUCUCAUACUAUGGUGAUGACAUUGUCAGUAUUAGUACCGAAACUAUUGAGCCAAGACGAGUAGGUAGUGGGGAACAGAUAGAGGUCGCAAAUUUUGCUAAUAUGAGGGUUGUGUUUUUUGUGUUUUUAUCUGUAUGUUUAGUCUCUUCUUAAUAAUAACAUAGAUUUGUUGGGCACUCCAAAAAGAGCUAUAACACGGGUGUGUAAUGUUUCACCGUUAUUGACAAUUUAUUAUAUGCGUGCUUUUUGGAAUGAGGGUGACCGACAGAUACUUGAGGAUAGUUCAGAUGACCUGAGUUUUAAAAAAAAGAUUGCAUAGAUGUAUCUGUGUCAAGUGAAUUCACUCACAGGUACAAUUUUUUGUUCUUUUCAACAGUUAUUUAUUCUUUUGGGAGUGGAACACGAGCAUUACGAUUGUGACACAGUGAACCGCUCAUCCAACACAAUGAAUAAAGCCUGCAGUGGUAUACAUUGGAAGAUUGAACAACACAGAACACUGGAAUAGUUAUAUUACAAACAGGUCAGGGGAGAGGGGAUAGAACGUUAUUGCUUUUUUCUCGUUGUAUGCAACAAAAUACGUAGGACCCUCAAGUCAGUAUCCUACAGGGUUUUAUGAUGGCUUCUAUGUCGCCAUUGGUGCUAUCAAGAACUACAUUUCAUAUUGUGAUCUAAGUGUUAUAAUAUUUAUACCUACUCCUUUUCCUGUCUUGCUGUAAAUUACAUUUAACACUGAGAAUUCCAGUUAUGAAACCUGGAGUUUUCACUAAAUUUAACUUAAAUUGUACAGAAUACAAGCAUUUAUUGUAAUACUUUUGAGCUCAAAGAGAUGAUUUUUCAAUAUGCUGGAAAGCUUUGACAAAAAUCCCAAAAGUCUGAAAUUUGAGUGUGCACAGGACAGCAUUCAACGGGUGAUAUCUCGGUAGUUACAACAUUACCCAGUAAGCAUGGGUCGGAGUUUUCGAUUGUAUUUUGAUGUCAUGUUGUAUCAUAUUUUUUAAAGAUUAUUCUCACAAUUAAAAAUUUUUCAUGUGACAUGGCAUAACUCGAAGAUAUUCAAUAGCAUCCAAGGUUUUAAAACUUCAGUAAAAAAAAAAAUGUAUUUUUUCUUAAGAAUUCAUGUUAGUUUACUUGAAAUGUUCAUUUCACAGCCUUGAUAUUAACAUUCCUGAGGAUCAAUGUGUGUGAUCAGAGUUGUUAUUAUUUAUGUAAAUUUUUUUUACCCAAUUGCCUUUUAAAAAAUCAUGCCUUUUUCUCCUGUCUGUCCAUUUUUACAGUGGUAUUUAAAAUUAAAGGCUGUUUGUUUAUGUUUUUUUAGGACUCUAUACUGGAUUAUUUUUGUAUAACAUUCAUGCACCGAGUUGUGACAUUAAAAAAUAUCAAAAUUUUUUGGGU